AUGCUAACCUUCUUUCUGGGAACGUUGGUCGGCGCCGCUUUCGUCCUGAUCGUCAUCUUCGUGCUGAUCGUCGAUCCUUGGGCAAUCCAUUCAUCAACACCAUCAUCAUCGUUUGUCGACCAGUAUAGGCCUAUUGAAAUUCCUAAGGAGCUUCGUGAAUUUCUAAAAACUGGCGACGAUGGACAAGGUGUAUCUCGAUGGGAAUCUUGUCACUCCGUCUCACUCCUUCUGCACAUGUUUUUUCAAGAACACAAAGAUGGACGACACUUAAGAAGGUGGUUUCACAAGCGCUUACAAAUCGAGCUGAACGAUGUCUGUACUCGUUCUGCAGCUGGUCGUCUUAUCCAAGUAUGCCCAGAGUUCUUGUUUAAGGAAGUCCGAAUACGAGACCUGUCUCUCGGUACAAAAGCUCCACGAAUUAGUGCGAUUCGUGUAGAAAGUGUCGAGAUGUCAUCGGACAAAACUAUUUUUGAGAAGAUUAUUCUUCUUAUUGAUAUGGAGUAUACCGGCGGCUUUGAAACAUCUAUCGACGUCACAACGGUAUUCGGAAAGAAAGCAAAUUUGUCAAUAAAGCUAGCAAAAGUCGCUGGUCUGGUUCGUCUUAUUUUGUCCCGGAAACCGUAUAAUCACUGGACGUUUUCUUUUGUGUCAACACCAGAGCUUGCAAUGGAUGUCAGUUCACAGAUUCAAGGACAUCAGCUGAAACGUCUGAUUCCUUUGAUAAAGGAAUCUAUCCGACGCGCUUUACAACGAAAGCAUGUUUGGCCAAACUAUAAGAUUCGCUACCGACCACUGUUUCCUAAUCCUUUCCUUCAACCUUCUUUGCCCCUCAGUGCCUUCACACAUGUUAAAAUUGAGGGCGGACUGGAAGUAACGGUACUCCAAGGAACUCGUCUAAAAACUAAUUUGGUUGGAAAGGACGUCAGUAAAUAUGUUGUUUACUGCACUGUGAAUUUAGAUAGUCGUCCUUUCCUGCAGAAUUCAUCUGAUUUCUCACAUUCACUAAGUGUAAUGCUCACUUUCUCACGUCAUGAUAUGAUCACUCCUAUCGGAAUAAUAUUUGAGAAGACAAUGGCAAACGCGAAUGGAAUUCGUCCAGUACGUGUUGCUGUUGUCGAAGAAGGAAGUCUUGCCGAUAAAGCCGCGUUUAAGCCAGGAGAUACGCUUAUGGCGAUUAACAACGUUCCUAUUAGGAGUGAACGACAAGCUAUUCGAUUCCUGCAGCAGACCAUCGGCGAUUUAUUAGUUCUUGUUGAUCGGAAUUUGGAUGACAUCGACGACGAUGUCCUAAAAACGUGCACCGAAAUAGAGGACGGGCGAAGUAGUGAUGCGGUUGUGCGUCUUGGAGAUGUUUCCUCAGCCCGACCAACUGUUGUUCAACGAAGAAGCGUAUCGCAAGAGUUGGAUCGAUGUAAUUACGUUAUUAAACUGACUAUCGUCAAUAAAGUUUUCGAAAAAAAAAAGCUGGAACAGAAGCGUUUCGUUUCAGUCGUGACUUUUCCAGACAUUCAUUUCUUAUCACUUCUUUGCGUUUUCAUCUGA